UCACGCAAGUGCCCCCUUGGGUUUCUCUUUUGAAGGAAUACGGAAAGGAUCAGGCGUGCCUCGUGAGCAAUCAAUUUUCUGUAGAAGCAAGUAAGAGCAGGGACGCUUGUUAAGUAAUUUGUUUUCUAUAUGAGAAGAGGUUGCGCAUGUAUGUAUCAUUUGUUUCUAGAAAUUCUAAGGGUCAGCAUUCUGCACGGUCUGAAGGGUCGCGGGUCACCGACUCUGGAGGGGGGAGCGCAUUUCCUCUGUAUCAAAUUCUCUACAAGAUUUUUUAGAGCAUUUUUUCAAGCUUUUUACUACUGCAGUUCCUCGAUCGUCCUGUAGUAAGGAGGCACUAAAAUAAAACUUUUUUAGGAAUAAGAUCUUUGAGUAUUCUAUCGCUUCAUCCCUAUCUCCAAUAAUUCUAUCGCCCUUCGAGCAGAUGACGGCUGACGCAAGCAGUCGGAUUCUGUAAGGAGAAUCGAGAAGAAUAGGGCGAACGGAUUUGUGAUAUUAUUGCUCAUCAUCUGAGUCUGCAAUACGAGCUAAAACAUUUGCGAAUGCCGCAUUAUGCGGCGUGCAACGCGCGUGGCUGAGGUAGGUAAUUGUUCCUCUCGAAGUCUAAGUCUAACUCAGUCUAACUGAUCCAAUUCUUAGUAGGGACUUACACGGGAUUUAACAUUUUUUCAAAUGAAUAGAAAUACUUAUCUUCAUCAUGAAGAUCAAGAUCAUCUGCUAGCCUGAAUGAUCGACGGGAGAAGAAAAAAGAAGCAGCAAAUCUCUCAUUCUGCUCAUUUGUCACUCUCACUUGCAGUCUGAUUGUAGCUUUUUCGUUAUGUGAAAAAUGUGCGUCAGGCUGAUGCGAAGAGAAAAAAGGAGGAGGGGCUUAGGCUAGUUCGAAAGCCCAAGUAGCAAAAGUGUGCAGUUGUAACGA